AUGUCACUAAAAAAUAUAAUAACGAAGAACUGCUACAAAUCAGUCAAAAACUGUAAAAAUUGUAAAAAAACUAAAAGUGAUGGUUAUGUCGAGUUCUUGCCUACUCAGAACAAGAUUCAUCGGGAUUCCCUUUGCGAGAAAAUUGAACGUCGUGACAUGAUAAUGCGACGUUCUGUCAUAAAAGUGCCAACUUUCUACGUAGGAGUUGAAAUUAUGUAUGAUAUGUAUAAUCCAUGCAUCCAACAGAUCGAUGUGAUAAAACUUGAAAAAAGACUUGAUGGCCAUCUUUUAUAUCUUCGGGAUGCUGAUUUGUCUUAUAGCUACUUUCCAGAAGAUAUGAAACCAGUUUUUUUAUCACCAGAUGCUCCUGUUCCAGUGAAUCCGUUAAAAGUUACUUUAAAAUCGACUCCCUGGACAAGUUAUUGGGAAAUAUACGGACUCAAAGGAAUAACUCCAUUAACUAUGACUCCCAGAAUGGAUAAACGAGUAAAGAAAAAUCGAAAUGUUUGGUCGGAGUUCGAUCUUAUGGAUAAAUAUCGAGAAAGCAUUCCCUUGGAUGAGCAAAUUGAGAUAUACCAGGAUAUUUUGCGUUUGGAGGCGGAUUAUCCUCCCAAGGGAGUCGUCUUGGAUUUGAAAGAUGUCCGGAAGUAUUCUAAAUGGGAAUGA